AUGGACAAAAUCAAUCCUGAUUGGGCGAAGGAUAUUCCGUGCAGAAAUAUCACUAUUUAUGGCUACUGCAAAAAGGAGAAAGAAGGUUGCCCUUUCAAACACAGCGAUAACACUACCGCUACUACCAUAAAUGACGUUCCUCCUCCAAUAGAUGUGGGUGAGGCUACAACUCCGACCAUGACAUCAGUUCCUAAGUUCAAUGCUAAAGUAUCCGCAAGUUUCACUCCGAUGACAGUCGGUAGUGACUCCUUAACCACUGUGACGAAUACCACCUCCGCUGCUACAAAUGCUACUGGCAAUAUCGCCAUGGCAGCUACCUCUGCUACUGCUUCUACAGUUAAUCCGAUGAUUAAUCCGAUAGUUAAUAGCUCGUUAGUGAAUAACAAUAACAAUAAUAGUAAUAUAAGCAUAUCAAUACCAACUACCGCUUCGAGUUCCAAUUACGACCCCUUCAAUGCCCCCAUUUUCACUCCGUCUUCAACCUCCUCAAUUCACACUAAUGCAAAUGCACAUUCUUUUCCAUUUCCCUCCAUUGCAAAUUCUGGUGGCAUAAAUAUAAACGCCACUGAUGAUAAUAGUAACAAUAUGAGUAUGGCUAAUAAUGUGCCACCUCCUAUGCAACCGCCACCCAUAGAGAGUAGUAAUCUUAAGUACCCACGUAUUUAUCCGCCUCCUCACAGUCUUCUACAGUAUCACCUAUAUGCACCUGAACAGCCAUCAUCAUUGAAAUCAUUAUUAAAGCCUAAUGAAAGGUCUGCAGAUCAGCUUUUCAUUCCAAACAAUAUUAGAGAAGAUUUAACCAAGAAAAACUUAUCGAUUUUGCAGGUUUUCCCCUCUUCAGGUAAAGUUAUACCAAGUAUUGUACAAGAUUAUUUUAAUUUGGUUCCAUUGAACUUCAAUAAUAACGAUUUUUUAAAUAAAACUACGCUCUUCAAAGUUUUUUCCAAUUAUGACGGUAAAGCCUACGUUUUGAAGAGGCUUCCUAACAUCGAUAAGUCAAUGAAUCCAAACAAAAUAUCCAAAAUAUAUCAGAUAUGGUCAAAAAUUAAUUGUACAAAUUUGAUAAAGUUUAGGGACAUUUUUCAAACUACUAAAUUUGGUGAUCUGUCUAUUUGUUUGGUCUUUGACUACUACCCAAACUCGCUAUCUUUGUAUGAUUACCACUUUGUUAAUUUCCCUAAGUUUCCAAUAACGAAUAAUUAUUUAUGGAUAUAUUUAGUUCAACUCACCAAUGUAAUAAACUCUAUCCAUUCACAAAACUUGAGUAUUGGCAAUACAUUAAACUGGAGAAAAGUUUUGAUUACUGGGGACCCAGGGAGAAUCAAGUUAUCACACUGCAAUUUUAUGGACCUUUUGUUCAAUGAUGAUACUGAUACCGUAGUAUCUUCCGGCGGAAGUACCAUAGAGGGACAACAACAGCUAGACUACAAAUAUUUAGGAGAGCUAUUAUUUAACCUAUCCAUUAAUAUUGAAAACUCUAAUAACAACACUGCCCCUAAAGAAUAUCGAUUGGAGGAAAUAACCCCUCAAUCAAUUGAUGACAUGAGACAGAUCGAUGAUAAGUUCAAGGAUGUACUCAAGUAUCUGAUAUCAGACAACGGCGAUUCCAAAAAGAGCAUUCAUGAUCUUACUAGUCACUUUUAUGAUAAGAUGUUCAUGGUCCUGGAAUCGUCACAAACCUAUACAGAAUACAUGGAGUCUGUCUUAUCAAGAGAACUAGAAAAUGGCAGAUUAUUUAGGCUGGUCAACAAGCUAAAUUGCAUUUUUGGUAGAAUCGAAUCAAGAAUAGACAUAAAUUGGUCCGAAUCUGGGACUAAAUUCCCCAUUAUACUAUUUUAUGACUACGUAUUCCAUCAAGUGGAUUCGAAUGGGAAACCAAUAAUGGAUUUAACUCAUGUCCUAAGAUGUUUGAACAAAUUAGACGCUGGUAUUCAAGAAAAGUUAAUGUUGGUAACGCCCGAUGAGUUAAACUGUAUUAUUAUAUCCUAUAAGGAGUUGAAGGACUUGAUAGAAUCCACCUUUCGAUCCAUCACCCAAUAA